CUGCUGUACAGGAUAAAUCAGAGCAGUGAAGAAAGUCCUGAGUGUGUCUGCUGUUUUCAGUGGCUCUCUGAUGUUUCAAAAUAUGGCUCUCAGUACUGUGAAGAACGAUGCUCUAUCAAGAGCAGAGUCUCACGUCGAGUCGUAUGAGAACUCUCAAAGAGCUUUACUGCGCCAGAGGCUCUCAGCGGCCAUCCAAGACUGCUUCAAGCUUGGGACGAACGCCCCUGGACCGAGUGUCCCUGUAAGACCACGGGACCUGGACAGUGAGAGGAGACUCAAGAGGAAACGUCCCAGAAGCCCUAGUGGUGGACACCAGAAAGCAGCUGACCUCAAGACAGAGAAGCAGAAGUUUUCUCUUCGUUCUGCUGUAACUGAGUGUCAGGCACUGCUGGAGGGAAAAGAGCACAGAAUCAAGAAAUGUCCUGUAAGGAAGAAACCUGAAUGCUCCGUGGACGAUUCUGCUUCUGAGGGUCCAUCCAGGAAGAAGUUUAAACAUGGGCAUGACUUUGGGUCAACAUUAAUCAAGCCUCAGUACUGUGAUGGACACCAGAGCGGCCCGCUGAUUCCUCCGGUGACUUCCUCAUCUCACAACACUAGGGUGUCAACGGUCACCCCCUUCAGGCGAGAUGAGCCCAUCAAGACAGUGAAUCAUCCUGUGAUGGGACACUAUGGAUUCACUCAUUCUCUGGAGGAUUCAUCCAAGAAGAGGUUCAUCAGAGAAGGCAUUGAUCAAGUGUUGACUCUCGUCCCCCUCUGGCAGCAACAAACCAUCGAGGACAUGAAGAGGAGCGCUCAAAGAGAACGUCAAGAGGCUGCUCGUGUCACACAUAUGGGACUGGACUGCAACAUCCUGGCCCACAGAGCAGACAGCCGAGUCCUUCAAAUUUACAAGGAACUUGACAGAAUGUGGCGCUUCUAGCUCCUCUGGCUCCCUUCCUGUUCUCUAAACCCCUUUCUUUACCCCAGGUUUUCCACCUUGAUGAAGACAGGAGUUUAUAUGUGGUUGUUUAUUAUUUUUGUAU